AUGAGUACGGUCUUCACGGGGCCGUUCACCCUGCCAGACCUGGCGUCCUCCAGCUGCUCGCGGUGGGCCGGCGCCGUCAACUUCGACCACUUGCGCCUGUUCCGGGCGGUGCAGGACCUCGUGAGGCGGGGCAUCCUCGAGUUCGGGGCGGACACGCUCGAGACGGCCGCGGAGGAGGCGGCCGGGAGGGCGCAGCAGCGUUUCGAGAUGCGGAAUGUGCUGAUCCGGAAGGUCGGCGGGUCUAUGCUGCUGGAGGCCCAGAAGAAGGUCGUCAAGCGGCAGGCCCUCAUCGACCGGGCCCUCGCGAGGGACCUGCCCGCUCGGCUAGAGGAGUUGGCGGCCAAGAAGCUCGAGCCGCACAUCCCGUGGUACUACGAGAGCGUGCUCGCAAAGGCCUGA